AUGACUCCUCGAGAUCACAUGAGAAAAAUGUCAGUCCUUGGGGAACAGGGAACCUUGGAAGACAAGCAUUUAUACCGGUUAGCAAGUGGUAUGGCAGCAGGCGGUAAGAUGGAAUACCGACCAACAUUUCGGCCCAAAAUAUAUCAAAGACCACCCAUUUCUCUAGCGAUCCUCUUGUGUGUUAAGAUCAGCAGAAGGGCCCCUUUUGGAAGUUCUACCACCCCUAGAAGUGAGGGGAGGCAGUGGCCUGGGAAGGGGCAGCUCCUAGGUUGUGAAAUUCCCUCCCCAAAGAUGUGCCCUCAUUAUGUAGUUUCUGUUGCAUACCCUCCAACAUCCUACUGGUCAACACUGGGACGCUUGUGGGAGCCAGCUGAUUCACAUUAGAUAACCAAAAAAUUAGCACCAUUUGGUCCAGCACUCUGGCAUGAGGCAGGUGAUUUGUACGAGAGCAUGAGACCAAAAAACGGAACAUUCCAGGAUCCAAUCAGAAGUGAUGAUGGCUUCUGUAAUUCUGGGAUGUCCCACUCAAAUCAGAACAGUUGAGGGGUAUGCUAUCAUAUGUUGAAGACAAACAUCUUUACCCUGGCUUUUAACACAUGAGAUACAUGUUUUCAGGACCCACUCUAAUUCUGUGACUUGUUUCAGUUUUCAAUAUUUAAGUUCAAACUAUUGUCCUGGGACCUAAUGGUGAAGAGUGGAUAAAAAAUAGAAGGGGGAGAGAGGGAGGGAGAGAGAGAGAGAGAGAGAGAGGGAGAGAGGGAGAGAGGGAGGGAGAGAGAGAUUAGAUAGAAUAGAAUAGAAUAGAUAGUGAUAUAAUAAGAGAACUUUGGCAGGUUGAUAUUGAGAGCAAUGGCUACCAUACUACUCCACCUAAUUAAAAGUUUCUCCACAUUUCAUUAUAAAUUCACUUUGUUUUUAAAUUAUAUGUGUAAUUUAUGUGUGGUAUCACACUGAUAUCUGUUGCACAAGAACAAUAUCUAAGUGGAAAAGUGGGGAAAAUUGCAAAUUCUUUUACUGAUUGCAAUUAAUCCCAUAAAAUACCAUUUAUAUGGCAGCAAAAUAUUUUGUUCUCCUGCUUUUCUUCAACUUUUAUUAAUGUUAGAUAAAUUUAUCAACUGAAUUUAGCAAUGGAAUUCUUAGAACCUUGAAAUAAGGGGGUGAAGAUACUAUUUCAGAUAAUUUUCUGUUUGGACUCCUGCCAUCUAUGAUGUAUAUUUACUCAAAGAUACAUGGUCUGAUUUGUGUUAGAAUUGCGACAGCGACAAGAGAUUAUAAUGAGAAACCAGAUGAUGGCAGUAAAUCCACAACUAAUGGGAGCAGGUCAGCAGAGAAUCCAAGCCAUUCCUGCACAGUUUGAGCCUCGGUUCAUGGAAAGGUAUUUCUCUUUCAACUGUUAAAGAGGCUUUAACAGUUUAAUUAUGAAGGAAAAAACACAUCCUCUGCCUGCAACUAUCAUAAUGCUUAAAGAAUGAUUAUACUAGUUAUGGAUUAUGAGAACUGUCAUCCAAAACAUCUGGAGAACACCUGGAUGGAAAAAGCUAACCUGAAGACUAAACUAAGGUCCCAUCUGCACCAUAUAUUUACGGUGGUAUCAUACUACUUUAAAAAGCAUUGGCUUAUCCAAGGAAUCAUGGGAACUGUAGUUUGUUACUAAGAGUUGUCAGGAAACCUCCUCCCCACAAUUUCUCUUAUAAAGCUACAAUUCUCAAAAUUGUUUAACAGUGAAUCCCUCUUCGCAGGAAAUGCUAGGAUUGGAAGCUCUGUGAAGGGAGCAGGGGUAUUCUAACAACUCAAUGCUAGUGGUGGUUUUUGUGUAAUUGUUACUGAACUUGCCCUUUAUUAGUGGUGGGUAAGAAAUGUGAGUCUGGCAUACUUAACAUAAAUUAGCCUUUAAAUAUGCAUUGGUUUUCUACAGAGUAUAAGCACUGGAUGGUAAAAGAACAGUCUUGUUUGAUACCCACAAGUUAUUGUAUUAGUUGCAUAAUGUCUAAGCAUAAAAUAGCAUAUAUUUGAUUGGCAGUUCUAAAAAUGCUUUAAGCUUUCCCCCCGACUCCCCACACUUUGCAAGCUGUGGCACUGUCUCUUUCUACUCUUAUCAUGCUCUGUCCAUCGGCAGGCAAUCUGCUCAUCAGUAGGGGCAGUGGCUCUGCCAAAUGUUUAUUAUAGCUGUAUUCCAGGGCUCUGGAUACCGAAUGAGUAACCAUAGGCUGUCUGGUCUAUUUUGCCAAUUAGUGUGCCAUUUAUAUGGCAGCAAAAUAUUUUGCCAUCCUGUUUUUAUUCAACUUUUAUUAAUGUUAGAUAAAUUUAUCAACUGAACAGCUUUCCUCUAUAGUAACUGCUGCAAAGAUGUCCCUGCCUUAACCAGAUACUUCUCUACCAUCCUAGAGAUUUGUUACCUUCAACUGAGAUGUUGGCACCAGCUGAUCCCAGGCAGAUUCACGUAGCUUCCCACCUUGGCCCUUCGGUUCCACAGCAUGCCACCAUGCCAAACCUUUUAUCCAACCGUGUUUACCAAGGGGCAGGUAAGAGACAAUGAUGGCUGGAGCAUUCUCACCCAUCAAUAACGGUUGUCAUAGUGCUUGGCUGGGGAACUUGUGGCCUUCCAGAUGCUGAAUUACCUCUGGUCACUGGCCAUGCUGGCUGCGAAUCCAAGGACUAUGGCAAGGUGACACAAGCCCUGAAACAGUUCCUUCCUGCCCAUAUCUUCCUCUACAUUGGGGGAUCAAGACUGAAAAAACAAACUUGUAAGGAAAACCAGCUAUUGCUACAUGUAAAAAUGAAAAUGAAGGCAGCUUACAUCUUGCUUCAACUCUAUGAUUCUGUGAUUCAGAGCUACUGUUUAAUACAUAGCUGCAAAGCUAUGCAAUUAGUUAAUCAGCUUAUGUACCCCACAUGGUACUUCCCAUGCACAAGUGGGAGGUGCCAGUGGGCCCAGCAAAGCACCAUAAUUUGCAGAAGUACAAUUUUUUUAGAGAAAAAAACCACUAGCCCUCCAAUCAGUUGUUGCUUGUCCACCCAUCUGCAGGUAGUAUGCCCAAUGACUGAGCAUGCUCAGUGGAUAUGCACUACUGACUGACAGUUGCGGGGGGGUGGGGUGGGGGUGGUUCAGAAACCUAGGUGGGAGGGGGAAUGGAAUGGAAUAGAGGAGGCUGGCUGGAACACUGAACAGGACCACACCAUAGUGCAACAUUUUGCUGCAGAUCCCAUUUGUAAAUAACAUUAGCAGAUACAAUGAAAUAUUAAGAACACACUGUCCAACAACCAGAAACACACCCUGAAAGGUAGGAACCAUGAUGGGUUGGACCAUGUGAAAAGGCUAGACUGCCAUCUAUGGGUAGGGAUAUUGAAUACACCAUAAUCUUUAUUACAGGCUGUGGGGAAAGGAUGUGCCAUGUUAACAAGCAAUCAGAAUCUGGGUCAUUGAGACAGUCCAUUCACAUGCUUGGAAUUCUUCAACUGUCAGACAGAUUGCAGAACACAUAUGCAUCUUUCACUUUUCCUCGAUGCAAUACAAAAUAUACAUUCACUCUUCCUCUUAGCAAACAUUUUUAUGCCAUGUAACAUUUUCCAAAUAGUUAUCUGUUGCAAGAUUUGGAUUGAAAACUGGCAAUGCAUGCAGACCUCAACUGUGGAAUCUGGUGGCCAGUGUGCUCCACUAAAUUAUUUUAUGCACCGCAAAAUUCACAAUAUUAAGUGGGGGUAAGGGUAGGAAAAACCACUUAACUUUUGUGUUUAAAUGGUACAAUCCAAACAAGCACUUAACUUGGAAGCAAGUUCUAUUGGAAAUCAGUGGGACUUCUUUACAAGUAAAAUAAACUUCAGAUUGUGGUGCCUGUUAAUAAUGUCGAUCUGGUUCUCCAGGAAGUGAGGAACAUAAGAACAUCAGAAGAGCCCUGCUGGGUGAGGCUAGUGGCACACCUAGUCCAGCAUCCCGUUCUCACAGUGGCCAACCAGAUGCCUGUGGGAAGCCUGCAAGCCAGACAUGAGCACAACAGCAUUCUGCCCACCGGUGAAUCCCAGCAACUGGUAUUUAGUGGCCAGGGAAAAUGCUCCUCACCAAUGACUGGGUCAGGCCUUUGAGAGGAAGACAGCAGAGCUUUUUAAAAUUUUAACUUUUUUAAGUUUUAAGAUUUCCCCAUUGCGAAGCCCAGGAAUGAAGACCUCAUCUAGGGCACUGCAUGAGAUGAGGUGCAGGCUUAAACAGCAAUGCUAGGGAAACUGUGGUGUGACACAGCCCUUGGCAGCAAAGUGCCAGGAAGUUUGCUAGAUAGUGAACGAGUCUGCAACUGAAAUUCACUUGCCCUAUUUCUUUUGCAGAAACCCUUGAGGUUUUUUUAAAAAAUGCACAUCACUGCAUGAUUACAUGUUGUAGCUAUUCUUCUCUCCAAUAGCUGCCCCUUUGUUUGUUUUGCGUGCAUUAAUCUGCCUUUACAUGACAUAACUAUUCAACUAAUACUAUUUAACCCCCUACCCAUAUUUUUUUUUUUUAGGCUAUAGUUUCCUCCAACCAGAAUCCAUGGAAGCUGUAACCAGACGGCAGGAAUUGGUUCAGAAACAAAAUAUUGCCAGGUAG